AUGCCCGAAUGGGGCAGCGCCAGGCCGCAUCGGGCCGCGCUAGAUCAGACAUGGACGGCGCUUGACUGGAUCGGGCGGGCGGCGCCGUCUCCGGCCGCGCGCUCGCCGUCGCAACGAAUACUCAAUAAAUAUUUCAAAAUAAACUUCAUUAUAUAA